GUGAUUUAUCCAAUUGCCCAUCACUUCCACCAGCACAACUUGUAGCUGGUUCUGAAUGGCAAGCGGAAGGUGCUGGACUAAGUGAAGGACAAAAACGAUCAGGAGAAAGAUGUUGAUGAUUCCUUCCUUCCUCCACCAACACAAUCAACACUUUUUGAAUUACUCUUUAAGGAGGAACGCAAAAAAGCAGCAAAUGAACGACGCUUUUUACUUAAAUUAUUUUCAUUAUUCUGGCGCCUAGCGGGUGUUGAUGCUGAUGUUGAUGGAAUAGAAGAUAUAUUAGUGGAAAUAUCCCCAUUCUUUUGACCACUACUACCGAAAAUCCAACGCAUUAAAUUAUAUUG